GUGAGGGCGUACGUUGUUUAUUAAAAGUUUUUGAGUACUUAAGCGUCAUGAGCAAUGCAAAUAUUUUACAAUUUGCGCCAUUUGAGUCCUUUGUGUCGCCUACAUUUUGGCACAAAUUGGCCGAACUAAAACUAGAUUACGAUCGCCUAACAGACACAAAGCGUAAAAUAUCUGGUCACUAUACCAAUCGCAAGGCUUCUGGUUGUUUGCUGGAGGUGGACUACGCUGCAUACAAUAGCACCGCGCAGACACCGAAAUUUAGCCAUGCAGCCGUGGGACAUAUUUAUAAUAAAAACACCAUAGAGGAGUUCAAAGCCCUAGACAAGGCGGCGCUGCUGGCUGAUGAGGGCAAACAACUGCUGGCUGAUAUGAGCAGCGGACGUGCGCUGAACGACGCCAGCUUGUUGACGCGUUUCUUUGUGUUGUCAUUUGCCGACCUCAAGUGCCAUAGCUUUUACUACUGGUUUGCAUUUCCCUGUGCGCUAACACCCACUUUGCAGUUGCUAAGCCCAGCGCAGCGUCUAAAAGAUCUGCCAAGAAAUGUAGAAAUUUCAACAGCUAUAAAAACGCGAGCUAUCGAGCAGCAAAACUACUUUAUCUUGUAUGCAAAUGAGGCACAGCAGCUGUAUGAAACCCGCAGCCUGCAUGAAUUUGAAGCGUCAGAGUCGGAGCAUUAUAUUUACUGCUUUGCAGAUCCCAGCGAGUAUGAGCAGCCAGCCUGGUUAAUGCGUAACUAUGUGGCGCUGCUGUUGCAACAAAACCCCAAGCUGGUGGGACAGCCGCUUAAAUUUCUAGGCGUACGCUAUGAUCAGCAACAGCAACCGGACAAUAGUUUAUUAUGGCAGGUGCUGCAAGCCGAGACGUGCGACUGUGAACAAGUGCAGUUCGUUGGCUGGGAACUGAAUCGCAAUGGCAAGCUGGGACCGCGCAUGGCAAACAUGCGCGACAGCAUGGAUGCAGCCAAACUGGCGGAGAAUUCGGUUAACUUGAACUUAAAGCUAAUGAAGUGGCGUCUGGUGCCAGAUUUAAAUUUGGAAACAAUGGCGCAGACAAAGUGUUUACUCUUUGGCGCCGGCACGUUGGGCUGCGCAGUGGCACGCAAUUUGCUGUCUUGGGGCUUUAAGCACAUAACACUACUGGACAAUGGCAAAGUGGGCUACUCCAAUCCUGUGCGUCAGAGUCUUUAUACACACGCUGAUGCUGUGGCAGGCAAUCGCAUGAAAGCCACCACAGCUGCAGCACGUCUGCUGGAGAUCAAUCCGAAUGCUAUAACCCAAGGACAUGUGCUGGAAAUACCCAUGCCAGGACAUACUAUAGGAGAUUCGCUGCGUGAGCUAACUGUAGCGCAUUUAACGCUGAUUGAGCAACAAGUGCAGGCGCAUGAUGUUAUCUUUCUGCUGACGGAUUCACGUGAGAGUCGCUGGCUGCCCACGCUGCUGGGUGCAGCGCAUGAAAAGAUUGUCAUCAAUGCUGCGCUGGGCUUUGAUAGUUAUUUAGUCAUGCGUCAUGGGCACCAAAGCUCAAUGGAGUCAGCAGCUGUUGAUGCUGAAAUUGCUGGACUCAAAUGCAUUGGCGGCCAACAGCUUGGCUGCUAUUUCUGCAAUGAUGUAACAGCGCCUGGUAAUUCGCUCAAAGAUCGCACUUUGGAUCAACAAUGCACUGUCACCCGUCCCGGCGUCUCUAACAUCGCCGCCAGCUACGCUGUGGAGCUUUUGGUGGCACUGCUGCAGCAUCCUCAACGCGAACUGGCGCCCGCCUACUACGCUCAACGUCAAGCAGCUCAAGAGUCGCAAAUACCUGAGGGCAUGUUGGGCAUCUUGCCGCAUUCCAUACGCGGCAUGCUGUGCAACUAUGAAAACAUUUUGCCAGCUACACAGAAAUUUGCACAGUGUAUUGCCUGCUCGGAGCGCGUGCUGGCUGCUUAUCGCAGCGAGGGUCAUGCCUUUCUAUUCAAAACAUUCGAGACGGCCAAAUAUCUGGAGGAUUUGACAGGCAUUUCGGAAUUUAAGCGGCUUGAUAGUGAGAUUAUAGACUUUGAUGAUGAGCAGUUCGAUAUGUCCGAUGAAGCUGAAGAUUAAACAAAAUUUGGCAAUGCUUUUGGAAAAAUUGCAUUUAAGCUUAAAAGUGCAAAGUAUGUAAAAUGUA